AUGGUUCAUGGUUGCUCCAAUGGGACAGAACGAUAUGUCGUGACUUACGGGGACGAGGGCGAAGAGCAAGAGGAGGAAGGACGGAGCGCGGGGUCUGGCUCGGCUCCAGGAUUUGAUUCUCGAGCGCGGCCCGUGCUCCGGAUUCAAUCUUGCGCGUCCCGCAGUGGCUGCAGCCGAAGCUCUCGAGGGCGCCGAGACUUUGGUGCUCUGCUUGACCGCGAGCUCGCUGCGUGCGGAAGAGGCCUGCGGAGGCGAGCGGAUGACACUUUACUUUCGAGUCGAAGCUCUGGCACGUGCAACUUACAUUUGGCGAUUUGGAGAGAGGCAGAGGAGGAGGAGAGAACACUCCAUGAACUAAAAACCGAAGUAGAGGUCGAGAAGAAAGCUCUUACAUUAGCCAGAGCGUGGGCGGAAGAGGAAGCGAAAGCAGCUAGAGCACACGCCAAAGUACUAGAGGAGGCUAGAAAACGCUGGGAGGGCCAAGGAAUUCAGGUACAUGUAGAUAAAGAACUUGAUGAGGAAAAUAUUCCGGCUUUGCCUUGGCAGUACAGUGGUCCUAAGUCCUCGCUGAACAAAUUUUUGCAACGAGCAUCCGUUCAGGAUUUUCUGGCAAGGGCUGGUGAUCUGAAGUCUAGAGUCCUUGAGAGGUUUUUCCAGUUGUUAGAAGCAAUUGGCCGGGCUGUUUCGAGUGCCCAGCGAGAGACAGCUGAGUCACUUCGGGGUGUGAGGACAAAAGUACAUGCAGUACAGCAAGAGACUGUCGCUGUCGUCUCUAAAACCGCACAGGACAUGCAAGAAGCGGCAAAGAACACAUUCGGCGGUUUAAGUACGUCCAUAUCUGAAAAUACAAAGAAGAGCUUCUCCCCGGCAUCCAUCAGCAAAUGCUGA